GAUACCUUCUGAAGACUUUGAAUUCCCAAUUCGCCCCCUCGCAACCCUAAGCAAAAAUUAGUGGCUUUCCUCCAUGUUUUGCUGCAAAUCCCUGUGAACGAGAAUUAUUUAGAAAAUCUUGGGAAAAUGGAGACUGAGAAAACCCAGAAGAAGCAGAAGGGAACCAAGAGAAAAGAGAGCAUGAUCGAAGAGAAAAUAUUCCUGUUAUGUCACUUUGGGGGACAAUUCAUUGGAAAUACAAAUGGUGGGAGCAAUUCAUAUGAAGGCGGAGAUACACGAGCCAUUAUGGUUCCUCGUGAUAUAAGAAGUUUUAGUGAACUCCAAUUGAAAUUGGCUGAGAUUUCUAACCUCAGAGCCAUAUCAUUUUCUAUCAAGUAUCAAGCCUUUGGUGCACCUUUCUUUGUAUCUGUCUAUGAUGACAAUGAUGUUGAGACCAUGCUCUGUCAAUUUAGCAAUAGUUCAUCUAUAUCAUUGUACAUUUCUAGGACUCUGGCCAACAAAGAUACUGUGAACACCAACAGUAUCAAACAGAGGAUGGUUGAUGAAGAUGGUGAUGCUGCUGGGGAUAUUGAAAAUUCACUAAGAUUGACACAGGGAGUGUCUAGCAUUGAGGAUUUUGACAAUCCAGAAAGAUACACACAAGGAUUGUCUAGUGUUGAGGAUCUUGAAACUCCGCAGAGAGUGUUGCAAGGGGUAUCUAGUGAUGGUAAUUUGGUAACUCCUCUGAGAGUGUUGCAAGGGGUGUCUAGUGAUGGGGACUUUGAAACUCCAGUAAAAAUGUCACAAGGAGUGUUGCCUACAUUGGAAAUUGGGACAGAAUUUGAAGAUGUGCGUAGUUAUAGGAAAGCAUUGGUAUCUUUUGCCAUUGCUGAAAACUUUGCUUUGAAGUUUAUAAACAAUGAGUCAAGACGUGUGACUGCUAAAUGCCGGGCAGAGGGGUGCACUUUUCGCAUUCACGCAUCUCAUGUCUGUGAUUUAAAAAAGUUCAGGGUUAGAACUAUGAACCCCUCACAUACAUGCAAGGGAUUGCUAAAUGAAAGUCAUCCUCAGGCCCAAACUUACUGGAUAGCUGAUAAGAUAAAGCAACACCUGAAAGAUAAUCCCCAAUACAAACCAAGAGACAUUGUACGAGAUAUUCACCGCGAGUAUGGUGUGCAAAUAAGAUACACACAAGCUUGGCGAGGAAAGGAGCUUGCCAUGGAGGAUAUUCACGGAUCGUAUGAGUAUGCUUAUCGCAUGCUUCCAUCAUAUUGCCAAAUGCUAAUAGACGCAAACCCUGGGACUGUUGCCAAUCUUGAAGUACAUGAAGAAGAUAAGAGUUUUAAGAGAUUGUUUGUUGCUUUCCAUGCAACAAUUUCUGGAUUCUUACAAGGAUGUCGACCCUUUAUAACACUUGAUGAAACAUUAUUAAAAACUAAGUAUAGAGGGGGGCACCUGUUGGCAGCGAUCACUAUGGAUGCUGAUGGUGUAAUGUUUCCUGUGGCCUUUAACAUAUCAGUUUCAGAUGAUACCGAGAGCUGGGAAUGGUUUUUAACCCAACUACGAGAGGUUUUGUUUUGUCCUCAGACACAUAGACUGACAUUUAUUUCUGACCGACAAAAAGGGUUACAACCAGUUUUGGAAACAAUUUUUCCAAAUGACUUUCAUGUGUUUUGUGUGGGAUCUUUAGCUAAGAGCUUUAACAAUGACUUGAAGAAUGGUGAGUUGACAAAAUACUUUUGGAAAGUAGCUCGUGCUGAGACUCUUUUAGAGUUUGAUUCUCAGAUGGCUGAACUUCGAGCUGUUUCUAAGAAAGCAGAAGCAUGGAUUGAGGGAAUUCCGCCAAAAUUUUGGGCUGCACCUCAUGUUGAAGGGAUGAGGUACAAUCACUUAUCAUCGAAGCUUUUGGAAUCCUUCCACGAUUGGAUAGAGGAAUCAUGUUAUCUCCCUAUUGUCAAGUUUGUAGAGAACAUACACAUGAAGCUGAUGAAGCACUUAAAUGAACGACGAGAGCUCGGUUUACAAUGGACUUCAAAGCUAGUUCCUAGCGCAGAUGAGAAGAUAAAAAGGAGAAUAGUAAAGGCUCGUUCUUUUCGAAUCUUUCACUCCAGUAGCAAUCAAUAUGAGGUUUUAUCGGAUAAGGUCGAUGAGGUAAAUUUGGAACGUCGUGAGUGCACUUGUCAAAGGUGGAAGCUUAGCGGAUUGCCUUGCUGUCAUGCUUUGGCAGCAAUACAUGCUAAACAGGAUGCAUUUGCUGACUAUUGUUCUCCAUAUUUCAAUGUAGAGACUUACCGAAGCGCAUUUUUGGAGACUAUACACCCAAUACCUGAUAGAACCACACAGCCAGAGGUUCAAGAUUUCGUAGUAAACUUACCUUCUAUACAUAGAUCAAAUGGGAAGCCCAAGAAGAAACGGAUCAAGACCGGAAAGAGUGACGUCAGGCCUGUACAUUGCAAGCAUUGUGGAGGUAUAGGGCACAAUAGGCAGACUUGCAAGGAAAGAGCCUAGGCUGGGAUAUGUUGUUUCUCUUGUUCUCAAGCCAAUGUUAAUCAACGAUCGUCAAAACUGUCAUUGAAGGCGAUAAGUUUGUCAAAUCGCUCUCUCAUGUGGAGGAUUGUGAAUAUUUCAGCUUUCAUUUCAGUUUUUCAUUUUAUUUAACUUCAGAAGGUUGAUGCCGGACUAGUUGAACCAGUAACUCUUCCAUUAGAGUGUACAUGAAUGAGACAUGGAUCAUAAAAAGUGCAAGCAUUUUUCUUCUACUUGUAAGUUACUGUCGAUAACAAAUGUUCACAGUUACUAUAAGUAGAAAGUUACUUAGCUAGUAGCAACCAAGAUGCCCUCCUCUUGAACCCCUUUAUGUUCCUUAGUUUCAUGGAUAAGAAGCUCUUUUCUUCCUCAUCUCCACCUUGUAACUGUUUCUGUUUUCACAAUUUAACCUCACAUAACAUGAUAUGGGCAGAUCGGGGAACUGCUAAUCAAACAAUAAUGUUAACUUCUGAUUGAUGAUAUUUUGAGUACAAUAAUGAAUAA